AUGGGCGAGAUUGGUUUCUCGGCAGAUGACCAUGAGGACUGGUGGCGGGGUAUGGAAUGGUCUGCGUUGCACGACCCUGAAUUUCCAGACCAUACGACAAGUGAUCGAAAUCAAGCCAGCGAUCUAGGCUGUAUCCCGUUUAGUACAAAUUCAGACGAGCCUCCACCUCCAACAGGUGAGCGCUCCGAUGGACCAUCGUUCGUGAACCUGUUGGACUGCGGCUUUCUGGGACCAGAUAUACCCUGGGAUGAUGAUGAGUUCUUUCUUCCUUACGGCGCCUGGAGGCCCCCGGAGCCGUGUACGUACUGUCGUCGCAUGCGCCUACAGUGCUUCUCACUCCAGACCACGGACGCCAAUCCCAACCCGGUCAGGUCAUGCUCGAGCUGCGUGGCGCUGUUUCGGCAAUGCAGUCUUGCAGAACGACAUAAGCGCCAGCCGCACCACUAUGAAACAUCUCGCCCGGUGAUUGACCAGUUGCACGGCAUUAGGGAGGAUGAUGCAUAUGUAGGUGAGGGCAGUGCGAAUCCCAAUGUUGCUGAAAGCGGCGGGCUCGAUCCCAGCAGCAAAAGUGGCGCGUGCCCCCUUACGCUUCAACUGAGUCAGGCAAGCGAGCGAGCGAGCUCUUAUUCACGCUCCGUCAAACGAACACGGCCCUUGAGAGAAUGGCUUGCGUGUAAUCUUGCGCAUCCUUACCCAACAAAAGCGGAAAAAACCGAUCUGGCCAAGCAAACUGGAAUGACAAGGACGCAGAUCAACAACUGGUUCUUGAAUGCACGACGUCGCCAACGACACUCUGAGAAUAUGCGGGCUCAGCGGCGCUCGGGCCUACCACAUGGCUCACCCAUGCCUCCAUCAUCACCGUUAAGCAUGAUGACCCCGAUAGAUCGCUGGCGCUGCUCACCUCCAGAGGACGAGCCCAUAACAAUUUCUCCAGCCGUGCUGGAGAAAGCUCUGAAUGACAGCUUUUACAACAUCAACUCGCCACACGGGGAAGCAAGUACCAGCUUUAGUACGGGCUGCGCAUCGUCAUCCAUUAGCGGAGAUUCCUGGCUUCAUAGUCAGCCACACUCAUUAUAUGCAUCCUCAACGCCAGAUUCUACAAUUAGCUUCUGUCAUUCAAACAACAGUAGCUCCAAUUUUGGCAGCCUGGAUACCAAGAACGAUGAGUUCGCACAGCCCCAAGAACAGAGCAUUCAAGCUUCCGCUCUCGUAUCGAAGCCGAAGUUUCAGUGCACAUUUUGCUCGCGGGACUUCAAAAAGAAAUUUGACUGGAAGCGCCAUGAGCUGAGCGUUCAUAUGCCUAGUCUUAGCUCCUGGGUUUGCUCCACACCUCUAGCCCCUGAGCAAUCCCGCCUAAUCUGGCGCACUGGGCAGGAGGAGCCCGAGUGUAUCUUCUGCGGGCAUGCCUCCCCUUCCGAAUCCCACUUCCGGUCACACGAGUUUGAGUAUUGUGCUCAAGGACCCAUCAGUGAGAGAACAUUUAGUCGCAAGGACCAUUUAUGGCAGCACCUGUACAAAUUCCACGGAUGUCGUAAGUGGGAUGGGUGGACGCCUGACCUGUCAUCCCUUAGGAUGAAUUCUGAUGCCGUGAACAGCCGCUGUGGAUUCUGUGAUGUGACUAUGGAUAGUUGGACCGAGAGGGAGCAACAUAUGAUGGUGCACUUUCUACAGGGCAUGACCAUGGCCAGUUGGAGGGGAGGUGAGAAUGGGGGAAUUGAGUUAAGCAUGCCGAACUAG